UCUCCCGCCCGGAACAGUCGUUUGUCAACACCGUGCUGCUGCUGCUCACACUCAGUCGUGUUCGUGUCUUUGUGUGUCUCUCCUUCACCGUCUUUUAGUUUUUUUUAAAUUCCAGAAUGGCUGAACACAAAGGAGAGUCCGAGCUCCACGAUGCUGCCGUCAGCGAGGAGGACCUGGAGACAGCUUUGUGUGUUCUGGCAGGAAGCGACCCAGAAAACUGCUCCUAUUCCCGGGGCUAUGUGAAGAGACAGGCUGUGUUUGCCUGCAACACCUGCACCCCCAGUGCUGCAGAGCCUGCUGGGAUAUGUCUGGCCUGUGCCAACAAGUGCCACGAUGGACACGACAUCUUUGAGCUGUACACCAAAAGAAAUUUUCGCUGUGAUUGCGGCAAUAGCAAGUUUGGCGAUUUCCAGUGUCAGCUGAUGAGUGCAAAGGACGAGGAAAAUGUCAGAAAUCAAUACAACCACAACUUCAGUGGCUUCUACUGCACGUGUGAUCGGCCGUACCCAGACGCAGACGAUCAGGUCAACGAUGAGAUGAUUCAGUGUGUUGUCUGUGAGGACUGGUUUCAUAGCGGGCACCUGGGCUGCUCUGCAGGGGAACCUGAAGAGCUGCAGGAGAUGGUGUGUGAGGCGUGCAUGAACAAGGCUCCUGUUCUAUGGACAUACGCCGCUCACUUUGCAGUGCCACCGGUGAUCAGCGUCGGUCAUCCUGAGGAGGAGGAGGAAGUUGACGUUGAGGAGCAAGGUGACAAAGAGGAAUCCAGGCAAAGUGGGGAAGAAGCAACAACCAGUGUUGAGGACACAAAGCAGGAGGAAGCGCUGAACCAGGGCUCCCCGGGCAAACGGAGCCACGAGCAGAUGACGGGCAGCCCUGGAAAGGCCACGACCAAAUCGGAGACAUGCAGGCUGAAGAAGCUGCAGGACCAGGGGCGGGAGAGGCUGAGACAGGGAGCCGUGUUCUGGCCGUACAGCUGGCGCUCCGAGCUUUGCACCUGCACAAGCUGCAAGAGGGCUUACGUGGCGGCCGAGGUGCAGUUCCUCAUGGAUCAGUUCGACACCAUUCUGGCCUACGAGAACAAAGGUUUGGAUGAGCCGUUCGGCCAGCACCCGCUAAUGGCACUAACAAGCUCGAUGGACCGUGUGCAGCAGCUGGAGAUCAUUUACGGUUUCAACGAGAUGACGACUUCUAUCAGUGCGUUUUUACACCAGUGUGUCGCUGAUGGAAAGACGCUCACCGUCGAAGCCGUGCAUCAGCUCUUUGAUGAGCUGCGUGCGAGAAAAAAACGCAGAACUGACCCAGGAUACCAGUAAAGAGGCGGCCAGAAAGCAGACAUCAUAUGCCAGGUUCAUUCGGUGCUUUUGAGUGAAAGAAUGUAAGAAUGUGUCAUGUGGAAAACAACCCUUCUUUCUUAUAAUAGGUCUUUUUUGCUGCAAACCACAUUAUCCUUAAGCUUGAACAAAUGCAAAGAGAACUGAUUUCCAGUUCUUGUUGUAAAAUGGUUCAACUCAUUACUAAGUAAAGAUUGUACAUUUUCAAGUCCAGUUGUUUUGAUUGAUUGUGAUGCCUUAACUUUGAAGCUCGUGAUGCAACUUUUACUUGAAACAUUCAUUGAUUUGAAAUGUGCAUCUUUACGAAAGACAUUGUUUUUCACUUUUUUUUUUGUGGGUUAUGAGAGUUGUUCACAUGAUGAUGCCAUGUGCAUGUUUGAGAACACGUCCAUGCAUUUAAUCUGAGUUACAUUCUUGUACUUGUUUACACCUGAGGGUUUAGGUAAAGAGGUUAUUCUGGUGGCAACCAGUUAAGACCAGAGACUGUUCAUGAAGAUGGACGACAUGACAGCUCUCUGAAUGUGAAGCCAAAGCGCCAUGGAGAAGAGGGCAUAAACCCUGCCUCAUGAUAGUGGAGGGGACAAAGGCCAAAAGUCAAAAUAAAUGUUCUCAAAGAUGGUUCCUGGGUUCCUCUGCCAAGAAGGUUAUGUUUUCCUCCCAGUUUGUUUAUUUGCAGGAUUAUGCAAAGAUUGCUGGAGGGAUUUUCAGGAAACUUUAAGGGAUGUGGUAUGAGUUCUGACUCAGUUCCAGACCCAUACCGCAUCCCUCAAAGUUUACUUUAUUUUCAAAUGUAUUUUUGUUGAUUUCUCAGAAUAAUUCAUGGUUCUCGAUCUGCAAAGAAAUCUGAUGUUUAGGGGACUGAGUGUGUGCAAUUUGGUUCAGAUGCCACGAAAAAUCAUGAUCGUGCACUUUUGGUUUUAAGUAGUUUUCACACUGAUGUGUCCAAGUGUUCAUUUUACCAAGAUGUUUGGUUUUAAUUAGUUAUUUGAUGCAAUAAAGACAGGGCGAUGUUAAGGGAUGUUGCUGCUGUGUGUGAAUUCAUGUUCAUAAUAAAGAAAUCCCAUAUCACCCAAAUGAGA